AUUUGUAUUGGACACCAUGUGCAGCUCAUUGCUUGGACUUGAUGUUGGAGGACAUUUUCAAAAUUCCCAACUUCAACAAGACAUUUGAAAAGGCAAUUGCGGUGCAUGGUUAUAUUGUGAACCGCUCUGGUUUGUUGAAUAUGAUGAGGCAAUUUACCUAGUGCAAGGAUUUGAUCAAGCCAGCAAAAACUCGAUUUGCAACCGCUUUUCUAACUUUAUCAAGGAUUCAUCAACAACAAACCAACUUGAAGAUGUUCACUUCAGAGGAAUGAAUCACAAGCAAAUGGGCGAAGGAACCACAGGGUAAAAAGACUGCACAAGUCAUAUUAAUGCCUUCUUUUUGGAACAAUGUUCUUUAUGCUCUCAAAAUAUCAAGUCCUCUCGUUCGUGUACUGCGAUUGGUUGAUGGUGAGAGAAAGCCUCCCAUGGGAUAUAUUUAUGAGGCAAUGGAUAGGGCUAAAGAAGCCAUCGCAAAAUCAUUUAAUGGAAAUGAAGAGAAGUACAAAGAGUUUUUUGAAAUAAUUGACAAUAGAUGGAAUGUUCAAUUGCAUAGGCCUUUGCAUGCAGCUGGGUAUUAUUUAAACCCAGAGUAUUUUUACGCAAAUCCGAAUAUUGGGAAAGAUAAGGAAGUCAUGUCAGGCCUGUAUAAAUGCAUACAAAGGUUGGUCCCAAGCAACGAGACACAAGAUAAAGUUUGCGCAGAGUUGACUACCUAUAAGAAAGCUGAUGGUCUCUUUGGGAUGGCUUUGGCCAUUAGACAAAGAACUACAAGGGCACCAGCUGAUUGGUGGAGUGCAUAUGGUUCUGAAACGCCAAAUUUGCAAACAUUCGUCAUCAAAAUUCGUAGUCUAACUUGUAGCUCAUCUGGAUGUGAGCGGAAUCGGAUUGUGUUUGAACAUAUUCACACCAAAAAGAGAAAUAGGUAUCGUAUGUUGAGUCGUCCAUAUGCCUUCAACUGUAUACUGCGGUUGAGGGCAUCCUCUGAAUUCAAAACUGGCCAUUCUUAUGGUCACUUCUUCCCGGAUCCUCAGUAUGAAAAUGUUCAACACAUCAUUUGUUGCGACUCCUAUGCUACAUAUGCUUACGACUUUGAUUUUGUCAGUGAUGUUGGAUUUUCCAGGUAAAUAUGCAUUUCUUUUGGCCAUCAUACUGCAUUUCAUUUUUCUAGUGUAGCAUAUAAUUGAUAAUUGAUUGCUAUUGUCUAAUCAAUUUGAUGAAUUUGGGUGUGCUUGUAGAAUCUUGGAAACAUAACAAAAAUGUCUAUUUUAUUUCUUGCUUUUUUUUCCACUAGUUUUUGCUAUAACUAUUUGCCACUCAAUUAAAAUGGGGGCAUUUGCUUACCAGCUGUGAGGCCUUUUCACAUAGGGGUGAAACUGAGCAGAGCUGCCAUACUUUACCCUGCUCAAACUUGUCUUGGUUGAUCUUUGGUCUUGAUUGAGCUCGAAUACAUAGUUGCACUUUAUGGUAUUUUUUUUUGUUGAUAAAUAAAGAUUUAUUAAGAAAGCAUCAAGGAGAUGCCAAAAGAAUACAAAACCAACCCUUCAAGCCGGGACCUAACCAACUAAAUCAUCAACAAAAUCUAAAACAACAAAUAAAUUGGGAUCUACUCUUCCCGACACCUAACUAUACAAAACACCGCAAAACUGAGACUCUAAUUGAACAAUUGACUAAGCACACCCUUGGAAAACCCGACGAUUCCGCUCCAACCAAAGCAACCACAUCAAACACAAAGGAGCUAACGCCCAUGCUCUCCGCCGUCGUUUCCCAAUUCGACCACCCCCCCAACAACGAAGCACAUCCAUAACCUGCUUUGGUUGAGCCCACACCACUCCAAACGCAGAAAAAACAAGCACCCACA